AUGGAAACAUCAGUCAAUCCAGGCGUUACCCCCUGUCGAUCUCCGGGCCAUCUUCUUUCGAUUCUGGUGAGCAUCAUGAAGAUUCCCAGAACGACGACUUGUGCACAUGUACACUCAGAAGUAAUGGAUGGCUGUGCUUGGAGUGUAAGGACAAGCAGAAUUACGAAGCUGUGA